AUGCAUCGCCGCAGCUCCAAGAACAAUCGCAGGACCCGUCCUGCAGCAAAGCCUCGUACAGAUGCUGCCGUAGAUACUGAGGACCUGCCUGCCCCCCAGAAAAGACCCCUGCUAGCCCCCGGCUUUCAUUCGGUCCUUCCCCUCAGAAAGAAGGGCUCGCAUAUUUCCUUGUCAUCGGAUGAUGAGGAAUUGUGGAAGCAGGUCGAGAAUAUAGAAGAUUAUGACACACUUUUGAAACGCGAGGUAUCGACGGAUACGGAGUCCCCCUCCUCCUCAUCGCGGACCUCCUCGAUGUAUACCGCCCCCUCUAGGACAGAAAGUUCUUUGUCGACGUCCAACUCUGGCCUAGAGAAUAAAGUGAGAGAGCGUCUCCAGGGCAUCCCGCAAGGCUCAUUGGACGCAAGUCCCACGCCCAAGGCAAAGCGUGUGUCAAGAGUCGCAUCUUCCGCGAUGAACACCGCCUUGAGAUCUCCAAAGCCGGUUAGGAUCAUAGAUGCAGCUCGCCUGUACCCGGCAGGCGGACCAUCUCCUAUGACUGCACAGCCUGCACUGGAUUCUUUAUCUCCAUCCCCAGCUACAAAGCAGCAAACCAAGGGGCCUCGUGGGCACGCAGCAUCUUCCGUCAAGAAGGCACGUAUUCCCCCUACAGCAGAUAGGAUUCCGAGUACAGUAGCUCCAUGUCCCGCAGCCGAUACAGCCAUCGGCCAAAUCAACUCCAAUGUCAUCUCUCAACCGUCGCAUCCUCUCCCACUGCCUCUCUCUAACGCGAUGCCCUCACCAUCCACAAUCAACGUCGACAACCUUCUUGGGAAUGGCCCUAUUGAGCUGGCCCUCCAGGUCAUCGCUCAUGAUGACGCUGUGCAGAGGGAAAUGGAUCGACGAAAGAUUUCGUGGGGUGUACAAUUUGAGAUUGCCCGCGGAAUCACUCAAAAAAAGUGGACAUGGCAGCAGGUGACAACGACGAAGCUUGACAAGCUCAAGGGCUGCAGUGCCGUCAGCGCCCCCCUCGUCGCGAACGUGAUGCUCGACAAGAUAUCUGACAAUGGGCCGACGAUAGGUUCUAAUUCUCUAUGGCACGAGUACGACAGGGAACAAGCUGCUAUCGUUGAAGGUCGUGAGCGCGGCUUAGGCCUCAUGGGCGAGUGGCAUGGCGAGAAGAACUGGUACGGAGGAAAGAUUCAGCAAAUUCUCACCUUCAAAUCCGACGGCGGCAAAUAUUCGAUGCAUCUAGAGAAGCCCGAGAUGCUCAAGUCUCGUCGAUUUAGCAGGUUCCUGGGCUCUCGGCGCAUUCUUGAGAUCAAGUUGCCGAAAUCUGACGGAUACAACGCUCAGAGUCAAGGUAGGCAGAUGCUUCUAAGUAAGUUCCUGCUUUGUGGGCGGCUCUUUGUUCCGUUCGAUGCGAAGGACAACACGGUGUACGCCAUGGAGACGGACGAGAAUCAUGGGAGGGAGAGUGAUCCCUCAGAGGGGGAUGAUCGACGAAUCAGUCUGCAAGGAUUUAUACAGUGGCACAACCCACUGUCCUUGAAUGAUAAACAGCCUAUUAGCAAGUGGGCAGCACGUUUUGACCUCGGGCUCUCCAACUCGAUUCCUGCCCUCGAGUUUCAACAAGAAAAUAUCGUUUUCAUGCGAGACAUCUACGCCUCCGACAUCCCGAGGGGGGAUAAACCGCCUGCGGAGAAGAUCAUGACGGACGGUUGUGGGUUCAUGAAUGCGGCGGCGUUGAUUCGCAUCGCACAGCGUCUUGGCCUACCUAGUCGUCCGUCCGCUGUACAAGGCCGUGUCGCCGGAUCGAAAGGUCUGUGGAUCCUGCACCCCGACCACCUUGAUCCUACGGACGUGCCCUGCAUCUGGAUCCGAGAUUCCCAGAGAAAGAUUCAGCUCGAUCUGGAACAUGGCCACCUCUCGAAGCAGACGAUUAUGAACUUGUCCCAUAACCACGUACCUGACGAAGUAAUUGAAGCCCUGAUGAAGAAGGGUCUGGAAGAAGAGGUCCGACCCCUGAUGCAGUGGACGGGACCUGAAGCGAUGCGACUCCUAUGGAGUGCCGUCAAUAAGGCUGGUGGAGUCUCCGGUGAGCGUUUGCGUAAGCUCGCUGGUGCAGCAAGUAGAGCGCUAGGGCUCAACAGCAAGCGAGAGAUUGAAGAGGGCUUUGUGGAUGAUGAUGCGGACGAAGAAUCGUUCAAAGAUGCGGCUACUGCUGACUCUGAGGACGAAACUCAUACGUCGUUGCAUCAAGAUGUCUUGUACCUCCUUCAGGCUGGGUUUCGACCAGAACACUCCGCCUAUCUAUGGAACAAGCUCAAAAGAGUUGUGACGAUGGCCAUAGACGGCUACAUCAAGAAGUACCAUAUCACCGUCCCGCAAUCCGCGGAAGCCUUCAUUGUGCCUGAUCCUUGCGAUGUAUUAGAAGAAGGCCAAAUACAUUUCAAGGCUUCGCGUGAAUUGAAGGAUCCAAUCUUGGACAUGAACGUCAGUCGUAACCCCGCGCGCAUCGCCUCUGAUUUACAGAAGGUCGUAGCCGUCAAUCACCCAAAGCUUUCCGAAUACACCGACGUGAUCAUAUUCUCUACCAAAGGGUCUCGCUCGCUUGCAAGCUAUCUGGGUGGGGGAGAUGUUGUAAUGGUAACUUGGGAGUCGACCCUGGUCGAACCUUUCUGCAACCAUGAAUUUGUACCCGAACCUGACGGUCUUAAAGAGCAUUAUUUCGACCGCAAAGUCGAAAGCGUGCAAGAGUUCGGUCAGCGUGUAUCGAAUCUUCCCGAUCGCGCAAACGAAUUUCUUCGAGUCCUCCUGGGAGGUUUUGGGAAUGCUAUGGUUGGCAAAUACUCCAAUUUUCACGACAAUGCUGUGUACUCGAAGGGGUAUAUGGACUCAGAAACUGUACGCCUGGCCUACAUGUUUACUACUUGCAUGGACUCGGUGAAGACCGGCCAUCGUCUCAAAAAGGGUGUCUUUGAAAAGGACUCCAAAUCUUACGAUCGUCCGCAGGCCUCUUGCAUGCGUACACAAGACGAUGGGGCCUCGUGGCAACAAGAGCGCAGCAACAUGUUGCCAUUGUCUCGACCCCCUUCCAUGGGUCGCUUCAUACUCGACAGACUACUAGAUUCUGGAAAGGACCUCAAGGAUCAGCAUCUGAUUGAGUUUGGGGAGCUUGACGGGCAGAAUGCUCGGGAUCAAGAUAUGCUGCAGCCGUGGAAGGAUGCAAUUCGGAAUGCAAGUCAAACUCUCCCUGCUGAUGUUCUCGAUUUCUUGGACGACGCGGUUCGAGAUCGGGUGCUAACUGCACAGCGAGAUCAUCAGAAGCACGAGCUAGACGAGAUCAAGCAGUUCGUGCAAUCGAUGAAGGAGGAGUGGGUGCGGGCAGUUCGACCCCCCUUCCCGACGGAGCUGUCUCGUCCACAGAAGCGAUCUUUUCGGAGGCAGGCCACUGUGUCUGAUCCGUUGGGGAGCCUUAAAAAGAAGUUUGCAGAUGGUCCAGGGUCGGAAGAGCAAAGGGUAUCAUACGCCUACGAGCUUCACGAAACUUUCGCAUUCUCCAUAGCGUUCAAGGCUUCAUGUCUGAUCAAGGCACGAAAUGCUGGUAUCGUUCCCACCAUAGGCCCGUUCGCAGACGCAAUGACGAUGCAGUCAUCGGCCAUCCGCAUGUUCACCAGUCGCAAUGGGGAUGUAAGCUGAUGGCCACCCUUUUUCUUUCUGGUUUUCAAACUCUCGUCCCAGUGAUGCAUCUUGUGCACAGAUUAAUUAGGGAUUUUCGCAUUGAUAUUCUUCUCGAAUCUAUCUCGAUUUUUUCAGAUUGG